AUGUCGACCCAAGAGCAACCGACGGCUGUGACGAGUGUGCCGGACGUCAAGGUCGUAGUCGUUGACGACGGCCAGGCCAACACUGUUCUCGUCACGGGGCAGUGGAAGUCGGGUCUGUGUGGGUGUUGCGCCAGCAUCAUGCCCAACUGCCUCUGUGCGUGGUGCUGCCCUUGUGUCAGCCUAGCCCAGACGGUCGCCCGCCUCGGCGUCGGCGACUUCAUGAUCACGGUCCUCGCGGGGUGUUUGCUCCUGUUGACGGGGGUGGGGGGGAUCGUGUUUAUCGUGUACGUGUUUUACCUCCGCUUCAAACUUCGCACGGCGCUGAAGAUCCCAGGGUCGGCCGUCGGCGACUGCUGUGCGGCGUUGUGCUGCAACUGCUGCGUCCUCGCCCAGCUCGCCACGCACACGGAAUCGUACACCCCCGGUCGGUGCUCGUUCAGCCCCAAAGACACCUUGCCUGGCUACAGCGACUUGUACUCGCGCGCCACCGCCCCGGUGCAGCAAGCGACUGCCGUUGGCGUCCCCACCAAGACCGUGUGA